CUGUGUAAGAACAGUUGUAGAUGCGACCCAUACAUCUGUAGCUAAUGCAAAGUCUGUGGCUCGUACUGAACUCCUUAUUUGUUUCAAUUGCUGUCGGUUUGCAUUUUCCACAGAUCGACAGUUCCGCAACAUUGGAGCGCUUUUUGCCUUUGGCAGCUCUGACAUGAGCAGCCUCAGUAAUACUUUGGCACGUGAAUUCUUAAAAGAUGUACAUCGGCUGUGCAACGCAAUGGCCCAGAGGGCAGAGGCCAGGGAGGAGGAAGAAGAGGAGAGUCAUGUGGCAGUACUUGGAGAGUACCUCGUCCAAGGUCGAGGCUUUUUGCUGCUGAGUACAUUGGACUCCAUCAUUGAUCAGGAGCUGACAUGUCGAGAGGAGCUGCUUACACUUCUCUUAUCGCUGUUACCUCUAGUUUGGAAGAUUCGCGUGCAAGCUGAAAAAGCUGCAGAUUUUAAACUUCCUGCAUUAAAAGAUGUCUUCUUACCCAAAGAUAUCAAGCUGUUUACACCCAAGUCUACUCAGGAAAAUCCAGACUUAGAAGAGAUUUCUUUUUCAUCUAGUCGCUCUUUUUCAAAACGGACAUUUUGCAGUUGGAAUGGUAGACAUCCACAGAAGAGUUGCCAGCGUUAUUCUGUUAGAAAUGCAAAAAAGGCUCAUUUGUCAACUUCUGAUUCUGAUGCUAACUCUGAAGAAAGGGCUAGAAUGAUUAGGCAUAGAAGGUCACGGGUACUGCAGCCCUUUAUAAAUUAUCAGUCACGAGUGGAUUCUCUACCAGGUAGAAGCAGCCAUCCUUCAGCAGAUGCAGUGAAAGACUCUCAUUUAGACACAACGAGCCUAGAAAACAAAAGCCAUUGUCCUUCUGUAUAUUUAUUAUGUUCACAUAUGCUUACUGAUCCGGCUGCAGCAUCACUUGUCAGCAAAAUGGAGAACACUUCUUUUGAUUUGUGUCAUGUGUUACUGUCAUUGUUAGAAAAAGUUUGCAAAUUUGAUAUGGCUUUGAACCAGAAUCCAGCUUUAACUGCAAGUGUGGUACCUACCUUAACAGAAUUUUUGUCUGUGUUUGGUGACUGCUGUAAUGAGAGUGACUCUGUGGAAAGUGAAGAGGUUGCUUUUGGCUGGAAAGAAGAGCCCAUAGCUUUAGUGCAGAGGAUGCUUUUACGGGCAGUGCUUCAUCUGAUGUUUGUAGAUAUUAACAAUAGAAGUGCUAUACCAGAAACGUUAAGAAAAAAUUUUACUGAUUUAUUGCGAGCAACUUUGAAGAUUAGAAAUUGCUUAGAGAAACAAGCUGACCCAUUUGCUCCAAGACCAAAGAAAACACUACAGGAAGUCCAGGAAGAAUUUUCUUUCUCCAGGUAUCGACAGAGAGCAUUCCUGUUGCCAGAGUUGCUUGAGGGUGUUCUGCAAGUCCUGAUUAGUUGCCUGCAGACUGCUGCAUCAAAUCCUUUCUUCUUUAGCCAAGCAAUGGACCUUAUUCAUGAGUUCAUACAGCACAAUGGAUUUGAAGUAUUUGAAAGUACAGUUUUGCAAAUGGAGUGGUUGGUUACAAGAGGUGAGCAGGCUUCCAUUGAAGCAUCUGAACAUGUAAAAACCUUGAUCAGCAGUGUAAUGAAAAUAAUCAGUACUGUGAAAAAGAUUAAAUCAGAACAGCUUCAUCAGUCUGUUUGUACAAGGAAGAGGCAUAGGCGAUGUGAGUAUUCUCACUUAAUGCACCAUCACAGAGAUCUUUCAGGCCUUCCUGUUUCUGCAUUCAAGAAUCCAGCUCUCAAAAAUCCCUUUGAGGAAACUGUGGAUGGAGACCUGCACUACCCUGAACGCUGUUGCUGUGUGGCAGUGUGUGCUCAUCAGUGUUUACGGUUAUUGCAGUUUGUUUCUUUGAAUAAUACCUGUACUGAAAUUUUAUCAGGCAUACAUACAGUGGGUAUUUGCUGCUGCAUGGAUCCCAGGUCAGUCAUUGCCCCAUUGCUUCACGCGUUUAGAUUACCAGCAUUUAAGAACUUCCAGCAAAAUAUUUUGAGUGCUCUUCAUAAACUUAUUUUGGAUCAACUUGGGGGAGGAGAUAUUUCUGAGAAAAUGAAAUUAGCGGCCUGCAAUAUAUGUACAUUUGACAGUAACCAGCUGCCGGACUUGGAGGAAGCCUUACAGAGAAGUAGUGUUGAUGGUCAGGGGUCAUCUGUGUCUACUUACAGAUCAGAAGGAAUUUUGCCUACUGGUGGAUCAGAUGAUAUGUUGUGGAAGUGGGAUGCUUUAGAGGCCUACCAAGACCUUGUCUUCAGUGAUGAUGGACAACAGAGCCUGUUGAUUGCAUGUCACAUUUGUCAAUUAAUUCAGAAAGGCACUGCUGCAGUUCAGUGGCAAUUGUACAUCCAUGUCUUUAAUCCUGUCCUUCAGAGGGGCGUGGAAAUGGCCCACCAUGCCCAACAUUUAGGAGUGUCAGUAGCUUGCAGUAAUGUGUGCAGCUACCACAGCAGAUGUUUGUCUCCUGAUGUACUCCUGGUUUAUCUCCAAACACUACCUACUUUGUUCCGAUUCAGACUCGUAAGAGAGAUGUUCUUAAAUUGUAAUGGACUAAGUCAAGUGACAGAACUAACUUAUUUAGACUCUAUUCGAUCUUAUGCACUUAAAUUAUUUGAGACCUUAAUUCUCUGUCUCGAAGAGCAGCAGAAUGAUUCCCUGAUACAAGAGCAAGAAAAAAUGCAACUUGAGCACAAGGAUUUCAAGUUAUGUGCAGAUGAAUCAAAUGACAGGUAUACCCCAGUAACCAAAUUAGAACCACCUCAGAGCCUAAGUAAAUUCUAUGCCGGACUUAAAGAAGUCUGCCCAAAGAAAAAGAAGUCCAUCAGUUCAGACAUCCACAUCAAUGUGAUUAAUUUGUUCCUCUGUGUGGCAUUUUUAUGUGUCAGUAAAGAAGCAGAUUCGGACCGUGACUCUGCCAAUGAUUCUGAAGAUACAUCAGGCUACGAUAGUACAGCUAGUGAACCUUUAGGUCACAUGCCUCCUUGUUUAUCAAAGGAGAGUGUUAUCCUGCCUUCUGUUGAACAGAUCAAGAGAGUAGUUGAUAUCUGGUCAAUGUGUCGUUCAAUCUUUUUAUCUAGCAAAGCUUUCCAGAAGCAGUUUUACCAACUUGGUGGGUUUGAAGUGUGCUACAGGCUAAUGAUGAUGAUAAUCCAGAAACUUUCUGAAUGGAAACACACACAUAAACAAGAGGAAGAUAAAUCAGUUUGUGCAGAAGAAGCUUUGAGUGGAGGAUUUCCAGAUGCUGUAGACAAACAGUCCUCCCUUAUUUCUGACCAGAAUCUGAUGAAAUUGGAUACUGACCUUUCAAGCCAGAGUCCACUGAAAGUGGCUGAGAUAAACUAUCAGCUGGAGUUGUUUGAAGAAAAAUUAUUUCUGAACAGUAGUGAUCUUGAAGAGGAAAGAACACAUAAAAAGCUUGAGGAGGAAUGGCCAUAUCAGAGUAUUCGAUUAUUAGAAGCCCUUCUUGUGAUUUGUCUUAAUAGCACUGUUGGUCCACAGAAGACUGAAAUGGACAUUUCCUAUCAGAUUUUAUCGGUAGAUGAAAUCCUUUCAGAAAUGCAUAAACAGCUCUCUCAGUCUGGAAUCGUCGAUUCAAUUAUAGCAAAACCAUUAUUUGAUUCCUUACUUCGUGUUGCUGUGGCUGGAUGUUGUGAGGAUUUUGAGUCUUCUGAUGAGAACUUGAAAAAGACACCAAAGAGUGAGGGAGCAGAGUCAUUGUCCCAACAGGGAGAUACUUCAGAGGAAGCAGAAGAGUCUAAAUGCUACAGUAGCAAACUAUUUGCUGAUGAAGAAGACUAUGAUGCAGACAGUGAAAGCAACCCAAAAGAAAUGGCAGCCAAGGAAGAAGGAGCAAGUGUGAAGCAGGAUGAAACCCUUCUGCACAGUGGCCCAGAUGAGAACAUUAUGAAAGGAGAACUGAUAUAUCCUGAGAUCUGUUCACUGCUGCUCCACCUUCUGUCUACAGGAAGUCCUAGUUUGGCCGUGGUAACGCAUUACUUCAAGUCUUUGAUGAGAAUUGUCAAGCACAGUGAGAAGAAUGCUAAUUUAAUCAUCCAACAGGGAUCAGUGAAUAUUAUUUUGGGAGGUUUUCAGAAUGUCCUGAGUCAGUCAUCUUCAUCUUUGGAAGAGUGCCAAGAAGUUUUAGUGGAACUGCUAGUAGCAUUAAUUCGUUCAAGAACAUCUUCAGAAGAACUAGUCCUCCUUUUGAGAAUAUUUCUAGAAGAAACACCUCCAAUGGAAAUACUUUUAAAGGGGAUCCUAAAUAUUGCAGAGGCAAACAGAGAUAUUGCUCCGCUUCAACACCUCAGCUUUCCUCUGGUGCUGAGCAUCAGUUCAGGUACCCUUCCAUCUGUUCAAAAGCUCGGUACUGUAGCUAGCAGCAGGACUUCUAGUAUUCUGAAGAGGGCCAGACUUCCACCCAUAAUGAAAGAAAUGGACAGUGAUGGUACCACUAAUCACCAUCUGUCAUCAUGGCACGUUGCACCAAUCCAGCUGCCUCUGUUAGGACAGAACUGCUGGCCACACAUGUCUGAAGGUUUUAGUGUUUCUCUUUGGUUAAAAGUAGAAUGGCCUCUCGAGUCUGAAGGUUUUGCAGAAAAGGGGAAGAAGCCAAGGAGAAAAAGAUUGCUAGUAUGCAGAGACAGCAGUAUUGACAGCAUUGAGGGAGCUGUUGUUAUUGAUUACUUUGGUGAUGGAACAUCUGGUGAUAGACCGCUUGAAGAUGGAUGUGUCCACAUAAUCUCCUUGGGAUCCAAAGCCAUCAUGCUGCAGGUUUGGAGUGAUCUCAGCACGGGUACUUUAAUCUUUAGAAUUUGUAUAGAUCCAAAUGAUGAUUCAAAACUUAGCCUGCUGGCACAGGCGGAAUCUCAGGAACAAGUUCUUACUCCAGGCAAGUGGCAGCAUGUAGCAAUGACUUAUGUACAGAAGGCAGAAGGCAAGAAGAACGUCCAUGGAAAAUUGACACUUUGGGUUUCUGGUCAAAGGAAGUCUGAGGUGGCUUUAGAUUACAUACAUCCAAGGAAGUCAGGUCUGUCUUCUGACAGCAAUAAAACAUUCUGCAUGAUUGGUCAUUGCUGUAACACUCCAGGUGACUCACUUAGAUUGAGUGGAAAAUGGGAUGCUGGAAAUCUGUUACUGUUUAAUGGCUCAAGAAUUGGUCCUGAAGAAGCAUUUUACCUUUAUGUCUGUGGACCAGAUUAUACAUCUGUAAUGCCCUGCAAAUAUGGCAAGCCAAAACCCAACUACUCCAAGUACAUUGAUAAAGCCAUUUUGUCCCAUGAAACCAUUAAAGAAUUAAUUAUGAAAAACAAGGAAAUAGAUCUUGGACCUUUAGUUGAGAAUUUAGCAGUUGUUUAUUCCCCAAGCUCUGUUGGUUUUUAUACUAUCUAUGAACCAGUCGUUCGAUUAAAAAGUCAAAUAAAAACAGUACCAUCUCAGAGACCAUUCAGUGUUAAAGAGGUACAGAGCAAUAUCUUGGAUCCUUCUCAGCUGAAAACUCUUCAACCUGUGAAGCGCGAGGACCUGCAGAGCAGUCUUCAUGAAAUAGGAGGCACUAAAGCUUUCAUAUUCCUGUUUGCCAGGACUGUGGAGGUCAGCAGCUGUGAGAAGACUCAGGCACUCGCAUUGCAGAUAGUAUUGUCUUUAACUAAGUAUAACCAGCAACGAGUGCAAGAAAUGGAAAGCUGCCAUGGAUAUUCUUUAAUUCACCAAGUGUUGAUUAAACCAAAAUGCAUUGUUGGAUUUCAUAUGUUGAAGACCCUUCUGGAUGGCUGCUGUAGUGAUUCAGUUUUUAAUAUAUCUGAAGAUGGACAGUUCCAGCUCAAAAUAGACUCACAGGCAGUAAUUCAAGAUCUGGAUCUAUUAGAAGAAUUACUUUUGGAUUGGAAGAUAUGGGGUCAUGCAUUGCCAGGUGUUUGGGAAACCCUGCUUUCUGCUCUGGAAAUCCUCAUCAGAGUUGGUCACCCUCAGCAGAUGUUCAACACCAAACAGCUUCUGAAGGCUAAAGUGCUGCAUCGUUUUCUGUUAACCUGUCAGGUCCUUCAGGAACAGAAAGAUGAGUACCUAAAAUCUCUUCCUAAUGAGGUUUGCAAGUCAUUUGUGAAAAUUAUACAGGAAGUUCUUGGGUCACCACCGGAUCUGGAAUUAUUAAGACUAAUUUAUAACUUCCUCUUGGCAGUUCAUCCGCCCACCAAUACCUAUGUGUGCCACAGUCCCAGUAGCUUUUAUUUUUCUCUUCAUAUAGAUGGUAAGAUCUUUCAGGAAAAGGUCCAAUCUAUAAUUUACUUGAGGCACUCCAGCAGUGGUGGGAAGUCCAGUGAGAGCCCUGGCUUUUUGGUUACACCCCUCUCUGGCUUUACUGCCAUUCAGCUUGAUGGAAAAGGCUUUGUUUUACAUUCUUCCCAGAGGAAGACAUCUUCCUCACCUUUGUACAGGCAGUGUUCCAAAAGCUUGCCAACUUCACCUUCUUGUUCUCCAAAAGUGCGCAUUCGCCAUUUAACAGAAGGCUUGAAUAGCAGCUUUGGUGAUUUGAGAGAAGAAAUGAGUAGCAGAGUGAACAGUAUCAGCUUACAUCAAAAGCACCUUAGUAACUUGGGAAGUGCAGAUACACUUAAAAGAGUUAAUGAUGAUCUUUGUAUAAGCAGCUGUGAGUCUGCGAAGACAGUUUGUGAAUCACCUUUUCUUUCUGAUACCCAGUCCUGUGAAGAUCUUCCAGCAGAAAAACUGAAUGUGAAAGUUUGUGAUUUGGUGAGUAAGCAGGCAGAUGUUACUUUGCAAAACACUGAGAACAUCAGAUCUGAGAAAGUUGCAUCCAACACAUUUGUAGUAGAAGGAGGUGAUGCAGCAGAUGAACUGGUACAACGACCUGACAGCUUGAAAGGGAUUUACUCAUUUCAGAGAAGCCAAAGUAGUGGUGCUACCUUGGGACUAGCAUUUCCUACACCUACUGGAUCAAUGACAUUUUCACGUUGGCCAAGCACUGUGGAUAGGAGUUCACUGACUGUGGACUGGGAUAGUUUUCCUCCUUCUCCAGCUUAUGAAAAAGCCUUUGGCAAAGCAGAGAGUGACAGUGACAGAUCUACAGAAGACUGCUUGGUGCUUAUCUGCUGUGGGUUAUAUGAACUUUUACGUGGCAUUCUACUCCUCUUGCCAGAUGUUAUGUUAGGAGAAGUAUUGGAUAAACUAAUUCAGCCAGAUGCUUUGAUAGUCCUUGUCAACCAUCCAUCUCCUCUAAUACAACAGGGAGUUAUCAAAUUGCUUGAUGCUUAUUUUAAUCGUGCAUCCAAAGAACAAAAAGACAAAUUCUUGAAGAUGAAGGGAUUUUCUCUUCUAGCAAACCAGCUGUACCUUCAUCAAGGAACACAGGGGUUGCUGGAGUGCUUCUUGGACAUGCUGUUUGGUCGACCUGUUGGACUAGAUGAUGAUUUAAUCCUGGAUGACAUACCAGGCAUCAGUCUGUUCCGUAAGAGCUGCAUCAUUCCUGUUCUGGGCCUCAUUGAAAAUUCUUUGUAUGAAAGUGCAUUGGUCCACAACACUUUGUGUGUUUUACUUCAGAUUUUGGAUGCCGGACCUAAGGUGACUGAUAUCUUGUUGGACAGUGGCCUUUUAUUUGUACUGCUUAACACCUUAGCAGCACUAAAUGAAAUGGAAGCAGAUGUCCCAGCGAAAGAUUAUAAAUUACUGGUGUGUGAUAUACAGCAGCUGUUGAUAGCCAUUGCCAUCCACUCCUGUAGCUCUUCUGGGACUCGGUAUUUCCAGAUCAUUGAAGAUAUGAUAACAUUGCUAGGGUACCUUCAGAAAUGCAAGACUAGAAAGACACAAGACAUGGCCGUUUGUUUGCAGUUCAAAGUUCUUCAGUCAGCGAUAGAAUUCAUCAAGACUACUGCCAGUCAAGAUUCUCACAGUCUGACCAGCUCUGUGCAACUACUUUCCCCUCAACAUGAUGCAUUUUAUCAGAAAAGAAAAAGUAUUGCAGGGGCUCGGAGGUUUUCUCUUGCCCAGUCUGAUACUCUAGUAAUGAAAAUGCGGUCUGUUGCAAAUGAUGAACUUGCUUUAAUGAUGCAGAGAAGAAUGAGCCAAGAAAACCCACUCAGAGCUAUGGAAACAGAAUUUGUGCAACGACUACAGAGGUUGACUGUUUUAGCUAUCAACAGGCUGAUUCAUCAAGUGCCAACCAAAGAUUGUAUUGAUCACUUGACUAUACUAGAGUCUCCAGUACAAAGUACUUCAUCUUUAUCACAGUUGGAACUGGAAGGCAAAGAUGAGAGUUCUUCAGAGCCGCACAGCUGCAUGAAAGUGUUCCAGAAGGAGUUAUUUACAAUGAUGGUAGAAGGUCUUAAAAUAUGUCUUGGGACAGGGAGAAGUAGUACACCAAGACAGCAGUGGAAAAGAGUCCUGUGGUCCUGCAAGGACACAUUUCGUCUGCAGUUGAGCCGCUUGCUUGUGUACAUGCUAAGCCCAGCACGUCUAAUGGAAGAAAGAAAAGAGCCUUUAGAGCUAGUCUGUGAACCAAACUAUCAAGAGAUUCUGAAGGACUGUCUAAGUUCAGGGACUCUUGAGCAUGGACCAAAACUGGCAUUGUACUUGUAUGAACUGCUAAAGGAUCAUAAAGAAGAACUGUCUGUUGACGAGCACGAGAAAGCAGAAACACUGAUGACUACACUGAAACUUUCUGGCUACAGAUGCAUCCCACUCAGUGCUCCACCAAAGCAGGAUCUCAUCAAAGCUUCCUCAGAGGAGUUGAAGAAAUGUGAAACAGAAGAAAACACAAACAGAACAGCUUGGCAGAAGAAAAUGGAAACCGCUCAGCAAAGCCUUCUUCAGCGGCUGGACACAAAGUCAAAAGAAAUUUCCAAGAUAGCUGGAGAUAUCACCCAAAAGAUUUCACUGCAGCAGAACAUGGAACGGAAAAAAGUGAUGCAGCAUAUUCGAACACUGUAUAAACUCAAUUUAAGUGCUAGCAGGUACUGGCAAGAGCUAGUCCACCAGUUUGGACAUGACCGAGCACUGUGGUAUGACCCUGCUUCCUACCCAUCAUCAUGGCAAUUGGAUCCUACAGAAGGACCAAACAGAGAGAGACGACGUCUGCAGAGAUGUUUCAUGACCAUUCCUAAUAAAUACCUCCUCAAAGAAAGGCGUAAGCCUGAAGAGCCCUGCACUCCACCUUUAUCUUUCUUGUUUGAAGAUAAAGCACAUUCCUCAUUUUCUUCAGCUGUAAAAGACAAAGCUACAAGUGAAGCAAUCAGGUUUAAUCGAAGGUGCAUUAGUGUGGCUCCUUCAAGAGAGACGUCUGGAGAACUGUUACUUGGCCGAUCAGGGAUGUAUUUUGUUGAAGAUAAUGCUGUUGAAUCAUGUGAAAGCUAUAAUAUUCAUGGAGAGCUGGAACCAGCCUCAUUUUCAUGGACUUAUGAAGAAAUCAAAGAGGUUCACAAACGUUGGUGGCAGCUCCGAGAUAAUGCGGUUGAGAUAUUUUUAACCAAUGGCAGAACUCUCUUAUUGGCAUUUGACAAUGCAAAGGUUCGUGAUAAUGUUUACCAGAACAUUUUGAGCUGCAGUUUGCCUAACCUUCUGGAGUAUGGAAAUAUUACAGCUUUAACUCACCUGUGGUGCACGGGUCAGAUGACAAACUUUGAAUAUCUAACUCAUUUAAACAAGCAUGCUGGGCGUUCCUUCAAUGAUCUCAUGCAGUAUCCAGUGUUUCCAUUCAUUCUUGCAGAUUAUACCAAUGAAACUUUGGACCUUACUGAUCCAGUUAUCUACAGAAACUUGUCAAAGCCAAUUGCUGUACAGUCUAAGGAAAAAGAAGAUCGUUAUGUUGAUAACUAUAAGUAUUUGGAAGAGGAGUAUCGUAAAGGAGCCCGAGAUGAUGACCCAAUGCCCCCUGUCCAGCCUUAUCACUACGGAUCUCACUAUUCAAACAGUGGAACUGUCCUACACUUCCUUGUUCGACUACCUCCUUUCACCAAAAUGUUUUUGGCUUAUCAAGACCAAAGCUUUGACAUCCCAGACAGGACAUUUCAUUCCAUGAAUACAACAUGGCGCCUUUCUUCAUAUGAAUCCAUGACUGAUGUAAAGGAGCUUAUCCCUGAAUUUUUCUACUUACCAGAAUUCCUGGUGAACAGAGAAGGUUUCGAUUUUGGAGUUCGUCAGAACAGUGAACGUGUUAACAAUGUCAAUCUUCCAUCAUGGGCUCGUAAUGAUCCUCGCCUUUUCAUCCUUAUUCAUCGUCAGGCCUUGGAAUCUGACUAUGUGUCACAGACAAUUUCUCACUGGAUUGACCUUGUGUUUGGGAAUAAACAAAAAGGGAAAGCUGCAGUCCAGGCUAUAAAUGUCUUCCAUCCAGCAACUUACUUUGGAAUGGAUGUUUCUGCUGUGGAGGAUCCUGUACAAAGACGGGCAUUGGAGACAAUGAUUAAAACAUAUGGGCAAACUCCUCGUCAGCUUUUCACCACAGCUCAUGUAAGCCGCCCUGGAUCUAAACUUAUUAUAGAAGGGGAACUUCCUGCAGCUAUGGGACUGCUGGUUCAAUUUGCCUUCAGAGAACCUAGAGGGGAGCAUGCAAAAGAAAUAACUUAUCCAAGUCCUUUGCCGUGGAUAAAAGGGUUGAAAUGGGGUGAAUAUGUUGGUUCUCCCAGCACAACUGAUCCAGUGGUUUGCUUCAGUCAACCACAUGGUGAAAGGUUUGGUUCUCUCCAGGCCCUACCUACAAAGGCUAUUUGUGGUUUAUCCAGAAAAUUUUGCCUUAUGAUGAUAUACAGCAAAGAACAAGGUGUGAGGAGUAUGCAUAAUACAGACAUUCAGUGGUCAGCUAUUCUGAGUUGGGGUUACUCUGACAACAUGCUGAGGCUGAAAAGCAAACAGAGUGAACCUCCUGUGAAUUUCAUACAGUACUCACAGUUACAUCAGGUCACUAGCUGUGCUUGGGUACCUGACAGUUGUCAACUUUUCACUGGUAGUAAGUGUGGAGUCCUUACAGCAUAUUCAAAUCGGUUCACCAACAGUACACCAACUGAAAUUGAAGUCAUAGGAGAAGUCCAGUUGUAUGGUCAUACAGCAGAAGUAACCAGCUUGAUUGUCUGCAAACCAUACAGUACACUGAUCAGUGCUAGCAAUGAUGGAACCUGCAUUAUAUGGGACUUGAACAGGCUUUGUUAUGUGCAGAGUCUAACAGGACACAAGAGUCCUGUAAUAGCUGUCUCAGCAAGUGAAACAACAGGAGAUAUUGCCACAGUUUGUGACUCAGUUGCUGGUGGCAGUGACCUAAGGCUCUGGACUGUGAAUGGAUACCUCAUUGGUCAUGUGCACUGCAGGGAAAUAAUUUGCUCUGUUGCUUUCUCCAACCAACCAGAAGGCAUUUCUGUCAAUGUAAUUGCCGGUGGAUUAGAAAAUGGAGUUGUCAGAUUAUGGAGCACAUGGGACUUGAAACCUGUACGAGAAAUUACUUUUCCAAAAUCUAAUAAACCAAUUAUAAGUCUUACAUUUUCAUGCGAUGGACAUCAUUUGUACACAGCAAACAGUGAAGGAACAGUGAUAGCCUGGUGUCGUAAGGACCAGCAGCGUUUGAAGCUGCCCAUGUUCUUUUCUUUCCUAAGUAGUUAUGCAGCUGGUUGAUGUAUUGCAUCUCCCCAUUAGAAUGUUUUCCGAAGCACUUAACACCCAGGAGAACAGACUUCUUAUAAAUAUGCUGACCUACGACACUCCCUGGGAUUUAUAACUUAUACAGUGAAUAGCAGUGAGCCUUCUGAGAAUUACAUUCAUGUGGCAAAGAAAAAGAAAAUUAUCCAAAGAACAUUGUUAAGAAAUGCAUAUCCUGAUGCUAGUGCUAGCCUGCCAUUACAGAGGACAUGCAUUGUUUUCAUGAUGGCAAAAUUGCUUUUGCGUACCUCAUUGGUCUGAAUGCUGUAGGGCUUGACUGAAACUUGCUUUAUGUUAACCAUAUUGUUCUUGUAGAUUUCAUCUCAAACAUGGAUGCGUUAAUCAGCCAGCAAGCACUAGACAACAGUGUUUCUUUUAUAAAAUAUACAUAUAUAUAUAUAUAUAUAUAUAUAUAUAUAUAUAUAUAUAUAUAUAUAUUGGGGGGGGUCAGUACCUAAUCCUUUUGGUAUUAGGAUAUCUUAAUGUUGUUAGUAGAAAUUGCUAGGAACAUUGUUACAUUUAUGAGCAUGUGUUGUGUUGUUUCAUAAGGUACAGUUUAUACUUACGUUUUGUUAAUGUAGUCAUUCUGUUAUUAUUUUACCAGAAGUUGUUAUUCACAGUGACCCCCAUUGAACUUCAAUUUUCACUAUGACUUGAUUUACUCCCAACUGGCAUGAGUGCACAAUCUUUUUUACCAGUAGGCCAGUUUACAGAUGUGCAAACAUUGCAGUGCAUACAAAGGCUAGUAGGAGACUAAGAAGAACAGAACAGUGCCUCACAGUUUGCCUUUUAGACCUGUUUUUAAAAUACAGCUAUUACUAGAAACUUAGAGUUGGCUGUCAGUAGUCAUGCAGGAAUCAUGACUUCAACUUCACUGCCACUUAACUAUCCUGUAAAAAUGAAAAUAUUUUGAAUAUAAGUAAUUUUUUACCAUAUUUUGUAUGGAGACUGCAGUAGGAGUAGAGUGAAAUUCUGAGUACAAAGUUGGCUUUGCAAAGAUUAGGGAUUAAUAGCUGAAACAGCUGGAUCAGAAAGUAUUUUUUCAAACAUUGUACUGUAACUUCCCAGCAGAACAGUAUUUUCAUUCAUACUGCUUCAGGAUACUAUACUGAGUAUCCCAAGCAGUAACCUUUUGUGAAGCAGAAGAGCAUUUAUGAGACAUUAUUGUAGGUGUAAUAGUUAAUAUACAGCUGAGGGGAAGUGCAAGAAGGCCUGGGGGCAUCCAGCUUUAGUGAAAGUGUCCUAGAAAAUUAAAUGCUAAUGGUCAAGAUGUCAUUUUGUUUUGGUGUACUUUGUUGAUGCCAUCAGUGAAGCUUGAUGGAAGUUAAAAAAUAAAUAUGUAUGAUUUUAGAAAGCAAAGCAUUUUACAUUCAAAAUUUAAUGAAAGCUCUGAGCUAAUCUUGAAUUCUCUAGCAUGCUCUAGUUCAAAUAACACAAACCGAGACCAGAAAUUAUUAUUUUUUAAAAGUCCUGAUGGCUACAUGAAUAAAGCUUACUGAAAACCCAAAAUGUUUGUAACUUACACAAAGUUCAGUAAACAUACGAAGGAAAUUCUGGGUUUCUGGCUGCAUCCUCAGUUUUCUUUUACUUCCCCCAGCAGAAAAUUACUUGGUCUUUCCCCUUGCAGAGAGAGAUUUUUGGUGCUCUCAUUUUAGUAUUUUGAAGCAGUAAGUGCUGAGUGCUGUUUCACUUGGUAAUUAUUGUUUAAUAAGUACUAAUGGGAAGAGGUGCCAUGGAGUACAGUGUUACACAUUUCAUUUGCAGGAAUUGCCUAAUAAUCUGGUGGUGGAUUUUAACUUAAGAUGUUUAUAUCUCUUUGAACUCUUAAGUACGGUUGUUUUAUUUCUGUUAGAACUGUUCACGGACAUUUUCUCUAAUCCAGUCAUUUUAUGAGCGUGCAUUUGUUAAGAAAAAAUCCUCUUUACCCAAUAUCUUUAUAAAGUUUCCAAGUGGGUAAGCAUUUAACAUGUCUUCUAUGCAUAGGAAGUUUUAUUGUAUUUUGCAGUAAACUACCUGCUCUUGUAGACUUUGUUCAGCAUUCUGCCUUGUUUUAUAAAAGAGCCACAUAGAUUUUUCAUCCCCACUUAUGUAACAUGGGAAAAUUGGACAUUUUUUAAUGCAUAUACAUGUAUUAGAAACCAGUGGUCUAAAUAGGUAAAUGCAGACUGCACAGAAAUCUAUGCAUUUCAUAUACUGCCUCAAAAUAAACUCCAUAAAUCUGGGUCAAGAACUGACCAAAAUUUCAGAAACAAAAUUGUUUAACUAAAAAAAAAUAUUUGCAAAUUAACAUUGUGUACGUGAAAGAUUUUGAUGUAGAAUUAUUUACUUAUAUUGUUUAGGUGUAGAUCUUUAAAGAAUAGAAAAUAAAUUUUUACUGGUUUAAAAGAAAGACACAAGCCUUGGCCUUGAUACCCUUAAUACUGUCCAUCAGGUUUUUGUUUUUAUGCUUAUCUCUACAUCAUCUACUGUAAAAGGCAAACAUACCCAUUCACUUCAUAUUUCCUUUGUUUAAGAAGCAUUUUCCUUAGUACUGGCACUUUUAAAAUGAAAAGUACACUAUUAGAUAAUGCAUCUUAUGUAAAACCAUGUGUUGGUUUAGAAAACCUUGCUGCUAUCUAUAAGGAGAAAGUAAUUGCAGCUAAGUACUAGGUAAUAUGGCCAGCAAUAGAACAGAAAAAAACUUAUAGCUAAGUACAGUCAGAGUAUGUUACAGCUCAGCAUGUUUACAGUCAUUGCCAGAGUGAGCCCUGGUCCCCUGAUUUAGAAAAUCAGUCUUGCUGCAUGUAUGCAGUGAUUAGGCGUGUGUAAGAUACUGCACUGCUCUCCAAGAGUUGCAGUUUCCGUUCACAUGCACAUAGUAAACUGUGAACAACAGUAUUUAGUUGAUGUAGCUGCUUUAUGGAACUGCAGAGAGUUUGGGAUUUAAUGCCUCUGUUUUUUAAUUAAAUGCUGCCAGCUGGUGGUAUAGAGUUAUAAUGCCUUAACUCAACUGCAGCUACCUAGGGUUGCCCAGUGAACCAUGGUACUGAAGGAGCUUAUUAAGAUGGGGUAAGUGAACAGAUAAGAUUCAACUUGUCCAUCCAGGGGCAGGAAGGGAAUUUUGCCUGUUGUACAUUUGCCAUGAGGCCAAGAGGCAAUGGCAACUUAAGGGCUAGAGUAGAGGCUGCAGUCUGCUGUGGUGUGGCAGACAGCUUCUAGUGCUGUAUGAGUUGAAGCACACAUGUGGCAUGGUCGACAGCUUGUAUUGCUGUAACUGUAUAUUUGUGUAUUUGUGGAAGCACACAUUGGCGUGGCAGACAGCUCGCAGUGUUGUAACUGUACAUUCUUGUAUGAGUUGAAGCACACAUGUGGCAUGGUCGACAGCUUGUAUUGCUGUAACUGUAUAUGUGUGUAUUUGUGGAAGCACACAUUGGCGUGGCAGACAGCUCGCAGUGUUGUAACUGUACAUUCGUGUAUGAGUGGAAGCACAUAUACACCACUUGGUUAGUGCUGCAGGCCCUACUUUCUCACUGUGUCUAUUAGCCACUGUGGUGGAGAAGGGAAGUAUGCAUGACAGCAAAGAUCCCCAGCCUUCACUUCCCCUCUGGAAGUUCUUGGCCACCAGGAAAGAGGGGAAAAACUAAGGUGGUAACUGGGGUGAUGGUAAUGGGGAUGAGUGGAGAAAAAAGGCCUUAAAAAGUAAAUGAAUAUAUUUACCUGGCAACAUAUUGACUUCCUGAAUGGCAUGUGCCUCUAGUUUAACAUCAUCAGUAUAUUAAAUUGCUGCAAACAGAACCUUACUCAGUAAGGUGGAAAGUUUUCUUGUAGCUUAGAGUAGCAGGUGAAACCCCGUACAGAAGAUCACAUGGGAUCACCCAAUAAAUAAAUGCAAGAUAAACAGAUACAGAAGUCCAAGAAAAAAGAACAAAAGUAGUAGUAAUCAUUUAAAUAACUUCCCCCUGUGAUUAUAGUGCCUUCCUUACUGAAAGACUCAAAGCCAUAAGAUACCAGAAUUUGAAAGCAGAAACUAAAGCAAAGUGGAAUAAAGAGACUGAGACAGCGAUAGUAGCAACAAGACUAAUAAAAAUUAGUUGACAAGCAUACUUAAAUAUGCUGCCAGUGCAUGUAACCUGGUAUGUGCUACAGAAGGGUGCAAUUAUGGGUACAUUGCAGGUGCUGAGAAGAACAUUUUUGGCAAGCAUUAAAGCCUUAAACAAUACUAAAUUCAUGAACUUUAAUUGUAUCCUGCAUUCCUGUCACAGUAUUAGAAACCCCAAACAACUGGAGAAAUUAAAAAUGUAUACUUGAGGAUUUCAUUCGGCUACAGUAAAAUCUCAGUUAACCGGGACUCAAGCAA